AAUUCCAUUGUUUCCCUUUGAUCAGAUUCUUCUAUUCUCUCUCCUCCGCUGAAUUGCUACAAUAUCCAUCUCAUACACAUAGAAAUUCAAGAGCUGAUUACCACUUGUACCCUGACUCAGGGGCGGUGGACAUAGAGUGAGAGGGAUCAGCGCUCAGAAUUUAGAUAUGGGUACGCUUCAGACUUGGAGGAAAGCUUACGGUGCCCUCAAAGAUUCCACCAAAGUUGGUCUUGCCCAUGUCAACAGCGAUUACGCGGAUUUGGAGGUUGCCAUAGUCAAAGCCACGAACCACGUUGAAUGCCCUCCUAAGGAGAGACACCUUAGAAAAAUUUUAUUUGCCACGUCUGCUGUUCGACCCCGAGCCGAUGUUGCUUACUGCAUUCAUGCACUGGCCCGCCGACUGGCCAAGACACGAAAUUGGACGGUGGCACUAAAAACAUUGAUAGUCAUCCAUAGGCUAUUAAGAGAGGGUGAUCCCACUUUCAAAGAAGAAUUUCUGAAUUUCUCACAAAGAGGGCGCAUUCUCCAACUUUCUAAUUUUAAGGAUGAUUCUAGCCCAAUUGCUUGGGAUUGCUCUGCAUGGGUACGCACAUAUGCAUUGUUUUUGGAAGAGAGGCUUGAAUGUUUUAGGAUUUUGAAGUAUGAUAUCGAAGCUGAACGUCUACCCAAGCCAGCCCAAGGGCAGGAUAAGGGUUACAGCAGAACUAGGGAUCUGGAAAGUGAAGAACUAUUGGAUCAGUUGCCUGCUUUGCAGCAGCUUCUCUAUCGGCUUAUUGGUUGCAAGCCAGAAGGAGCAGCUGUUAGCAAUUAUGUGAUUCAAUAUGCUCUGGCUCUGGUACUGAAAGAGAGCUUUAAGAUUUAUUGUGCCGUUAAUGAUGGAAUCAUCAAUCUAGUUGAUAAGUUUUUUGAGAUGCCGAGACAUGAAGCUAUCAAAGCCCUUGAUAUCUAUAGGCGUGCUGGCCAGCAGGCAGCAAAUUUAUCUGAUUUCUAUGAAGUAUGCAAAGGUUUGGAACUUGCUCGGAAUUUUCAGUUUCCUGUCCUAAGAGAGCCUCCUCAAUCUUUUCUUACAACCAUGGACGAGUACAUAAGAGAGGCACCACGAGUGGUGACAGUGCCAACUGAGCCAUUGCUUCAGUUGACAUACAGACCAGAGGAGGAAGUUCCUGCAAUUGAAGACACUAAAGUGUCUGUUGAAGAGGAGGAGCCGUCAGUGCCUGCAGAUGAUGUUGUCUCCAAUUCUGAGACUGUUCCUCCUCCACCACUUCCAUCUCAAAACAAUUUUGACGCUGGAGACUUGCUGGGUUUGAAUGACACUGUACCUGAUGCAUCAUCGAUAGAGGAAAGAAACGCUCUUGCCCUAGCCAUAGUACCCACUGAAAAUGGCACAACAUCUGGUUUUGAAUCUAGUGCCACUCAAGCAAAAGAUUUUGAUCCAACUGGAUGGGAGCUUGCUUUGGUAGCCACUCCGAGUAGCAAUAUUUCUUCAGUCAAUGAAAGACAAUUGGCUGGUGGAAUGGACUCUCUCACUCUUAACAGCUUAUACGAUGAAGCAGCAUAUAGAUCACAGCAGCCAACGUAUGGAGCACCGGCUCCAAAUCCAUUUGAGGUCCAAGAUCCAUUUGCUUUCUCAAGUAGCAUCCCUCCUCCUCCUGCUGUCCAAAUGGCAGCCAUGUCUCAGCAGCAAACGAAUCCAUUUGGUCCAUUCCAACCUUUCCAGCCUCAACCGCAGCAGCAGCAGCAGCAGCAUCUGCUGAUGAACGCUGCAAAUCCUUUUGGGGAUGCAGGAUAUGGGGCGUUUCCUGUGAAUCCUAUUUCUCACCCACAAAACAACAACAAUCCAUUUGGUAACCCGGGCUUGCUAUGAGGACACUUUUUGAGGAAUGCAGUGUAUUUUUAGUCUAUGAAGUUGGUUCGGCGCAUUCAGAAGUGAGUAAAAUUGGUUUACUUGUUGCUAGAUAGAUGGUAUUUUUGGAACAGACGGCCGGACAUGUUUCUCUUGUAAAAUGGAGACAACACUGAGAAUGUCACAGGCAGUCAGCCAUUUUAUAAUGCUCUGACUGAUGGGAAUUUUAACUUCCUAGUUCUUUUGAUAUGUUCUUUUAAUAUCCUAAUAUCCUUAAAGUCGUGCAUGCUCAAGUAUUCAUGUUCUGGUAAAUUCCUAGACUUGGUCACAGAAAGAUAAACGAAAAUAAUUGAAGACAUUGAACAUUA